AUGUCGACGGAUUACAAUUUAGGCGACGAUUUCUUAUUUUCUCAGCAACAAGAAGAGUCUACUUCUGGUGCAAAUAAAUAUGGAGGACUUGUACCAAAGAAAAAGCCUCUUAUCUCGAAGGAUCAUAAACGUGCUUUCUUUGAUUCAGCAGAUUGGGCUUUACACAAGCAAGAAGCAAUUAUAGAUGAGAGAACAAUAGCGGCAAUAGAAAAACUAAGACCUAAAUUACAGAGAACGCCUCGCAAGCAACUUCCCCCUAGAAGACCCACCUGUGCAACUGGACAUGAUAAUCUGACAGAUUCGAGCUUUUAG